AGUACCAGCGACUAUCUAGUGUGCGGUGUUGGCUGGUUUAACGACGGCUUUUCAGUGUAUUUCGUGCUCAGUGAACAUAACGAAAUGCAAUUAUACAAUAAAUUCACUUUUGUUGCAUCUUCAGCGUUUCCUCUUCCGCCGAUCGCGCAUUCGGGUUAAUUGGUAGAUACAGUGCAAUCUGAUCGUGUUAUAGAUUUCGCGGGAGGACGUAAAACAACAGUUUGUCGUUUGGGAUUAUGAAUUUCCAUUAAGUAUUGAAUAUGAUUGGUACCAGUUCCUAAAGUGUUUUGUUUAGUGAUCACGCGCGUGGUAUCUUUAUAUGUAGAUCGUACAUAUUUAAUUCAACAGGGUGACUUAGGAGAAUCCAAAAAAAGAUACUUGCAAUCACUUUUAGCUGCUAAACAUCUAUUUGUACUUCGAUUCAUUCUGCCAGAUAUUUGAGAUCGGGAACCGGUUGUGAUAUAAAUCUAGUUUGCUGGCAUCGAACGUAAUUAGAAGUUAAUAUGUACGCGGAGAAUUUCAAAUGAGUUCUCUAAGUGUGAGUGCAAUGAUCUUCACUUUGAUCUUGAGGUCCAAGAAAAAGUACAGGUGGCAGAUUAGAUAGUCGCAGAGCUAUCUUUCCAAUUGAAAUGAAUCUCGGCUUUGGUGGUUUCUUGUCAUCUUUUUGCUCAACUUGCCCAGAAGUAGGUCUAUGACAGAGGAAAUCUAUAAUCGAAAGUUGACGGACGAGAUUCACUACCAAUACUACAAAGUUACCUGAAAUAAAAACAAAACAACAAAAGUCCAAACGAAUGAUAAAAAUGUGAACCCAGUGCUGACAAAGUUCUAAAGUUAUAUAAAAAGAUACGAAAAGUGCGAUAGCAACAAAAUGCUGUAAUAAUACUUCAAUACGAUCCACAGUGAUUUAAAUGAAAAUAAAAAAUUACAGAAGCAACAAAAUAAAUAACCAAAGGAACAACAAUAAAGUGAAUGCCAUAAGUUUAGUGCCUUAGUAAUUUCUUCGGAGAAAUAUCGUUGAGAACGUGAAGGAAUUCUUUAGUCGUUACUUAAAACAACAAACAACAAACAACACGACAACUAUGAUUAUAGCUUACAAGUGAACGUGGUUUUUCAUUGUGUACGAUUGUGACAAUAGUGAAAAUUGUACCUUCCAUUCAAGUCCACCCGGUGACUGACUUUUGGAGAGUCAGAAGCAAAGGGAAAAAUAUUGCCGAUGAAUGUGAAUUAAUCAGAGGAGAAGAAACAGCUGGAUCUGAUACAGUAACAAAAUGACUAUAACAUAUUCCAGCGAGGUGCCGAAUGGCAGCAGUUUUGGAUGCUUCUGGCGUAUAUUAAGAAAAUGGCGAGGGAGUGUCUACAAAUUAGUCUGGAGGGAACUAGUAGCGUAUUUAGGUUUAUAUUAUACAAUUAAUCUUAUUUAUAGAUUUGCUUUAAAUAGGCAACAACAAAUUAUAUUUGAAAAAAUCCGACAAUAUUGCGGAUCACAGAUAGACAGUAUACCUAUGUCGUUUGUGCUCGGCUUCUAUGUCAGUCUAGUCGUGAAAAGAUGGUGGGAACAAUACAAAUUGCUUCCCUGGCCAGAUACUCUUGCCCUAUUUAUAAGUGCUGCAAUCCCAGAUAGUGUUACAACGACCAAUGACAUCGGUCGUCUGAUGCGACGGAAUAUCAUGCGUUAUAUGGUGCUAGCAUAUGUGAUAACUCUUCAGAGGAUAUCGCUCCGAGUGAAGCGAAGGUUUCCCACAGCCCAACAUCUGGUCGACGCUGGUCUUAUGAUGGAGAGCGAACGAAAGAUCUUCGAUAUGAUGAAUUCCAAGAGUCCCAUGUCCAAGUACUGGAUGCCACUGGUCUGGGCAACGAAUAUCAUAAACCGGGCCCGCAAGGACGGCCACAUUACCUCUGACCAUAUUGUUCAGACAUUGCUGAUGGAGUUGUCCGAUAUCAGACGACGUCUAGGCGCCCUGAUCGGCUACGACACGGUUUGCGUGCCACUCGUCUAUACUCAGGUGGUCACGCUCGUGUUGAACAUAUACUUUAUAGCGACCCUGAUGGGAAAGCAAAUGAUUCCGACUGAUGACCCAAAGGAUCCAGAUCUUUACUUCCCUGUUUACUUGGCCUUGCAGUUUUGCUUCUAUGUUGGGUGGCUGAAGGUGGCCGAGGUGCUGAUAAACCCCUUCGGCGAAGAUGACGAUGAUAUUGAACUCAACUGGCUGAUCGAUCGACACAUCAAGGCCGCAUACAUGAUUGUUGAUGAAAUGCAUGAAGAGCAUCCAGAGCUGCUAAAAGAUCAGUACUGGGAGGAAGUGGUGCCGAAAGAUCUGCCAUACACGGUAGCCUCAGAGCACUAUAGACGUACAGAACCAAAAGGAUCAGCUGAAAAUUACAAAAUCAAAAAGGAGGAUGCGAUGUACGCAAACAUAACACCAAGCAAGCGUAACAUGUCCGAAGAUGUCUAUGCCGAUUACGAAAGUGUUGACACCCCAAUGGUCGAACGUCGGAAGAACUGGUUCAGUCGCCAGAUAACACGGAUGGGUUCAGUACGAAGCUCUUCAACAGCUUAUUCAUCGGGCGGCGCAGGCCUUUUCAAUCGAAACCGUGUUAAUUCUGUGUACUCAAGUCCGGAAGCUGGGCUUCCCCUGAACCAAAACCACCAACCUCAUAAAAUGAGUCUCUAUGACAAAUUUGUAGGUCGAAGAUCAACACGGAGACAGUUUAUGAAGCAAAAUUCGAAAUUGAACUUGAAUGGAAACAUGAUGCAAGCGCCAUUGAAAAAUCGUCCAAGAAUUCCAACACCAGAUGUGACAAAAGAAGGUAUAGAGAAAGAGCGAUUCAACAUAACUACACUGGGAUCGAUGGCUCCUGUGACAACAGGGACUGGAGGAUCUGGAACAACAGUUGCAUCUGGAGUUGCUUUGAUGGCUCAACAACUUGCUACCACUCCAGCAAUGUAUCCCUCGUCGAAUGAGAAUGUUCCAGUUCUGGGAACACUUCUUCUGUCACCAAUCAAAGAAAUGGACAGUAAUUCAGCACAUAAUACCUUACAAGCUGGUCAUCCAACGACUGCAGCUCUGGCACAAGCUGUCCUACCGAAAACUGGAUUUGGCUCAGUCGGAAUCACGACAACAACUCUUUCAGGUGCACCAACAAUUUCAACCCUAUCGUUUCCAUUCGCUGUAACAACGACGUCUGACACAGUCCCGGCUUUGUCAAUAGUAUCUGUUGUACCAACAACUUCUGCGUCUCCAAUCAUUACUUCGAAUAGUGACAACUUAUCCUUGUCACCAAUUCCAUUAUCCUUGGCUAUUGCGAAGACCAACUCUACAGCCUCUAUUACGGAGAUCGUUGAUGAUCCAAAGGAGAACCUACUGACAGCUGACAGUGAUGGCUCUGAGAAGAAAAUAUCCUUAUCAAGGAAGAGUAGUCUAAAUAUACCAUCAUCCCAGGAUUCAUACAUCCUUGAACGCAAGUAUUCAGACCGUUCAAAAUCACACGACACCCCGGACUCAGCUGGUAGCUUGAAGUUGCAACCUUCGUUGGACAAUUCAACAUCCGCACCGUCAACGUUGACGAAGCGCAAACCGGAACCGAAAACUGGUGAAGUUUAUGUGUAAAUUGGUGAAUUUUACUUUUAGAUAUUUUUAGGGUUUUGUGUAAAGCAAAACGUCAGUUAGGAUUUUUUUGAGAGUGCUUGAAACGGAAGUGUUGUGAACUUACUUCACCGAGUAGUUGGUUCAGCUUACAAGGAAUAUUGGUUGUAUAUAUGAUAUUUAUAACACGUGCUACAAACUAUCACUAAAGCGAUACAUGAAUACUAUUUUCUCAAUCAAGAAUCACCGGAAUUAGUCUUGUAAGAUACUCCGCCUCGAAGGGUCGGAAAAAGGAAUCUGGUUUAUAUACCAAAACUAAACCUAAGCUGGAGCAUAUCCUAGUUCUACCAUUGUAUGAAGGACACUUGACUUAGCAUUGACCUUCCAUGUUUCCAAUUAAGCAUAAUAAAUCGGGUUUAUGCGAUUUUUUAGAUCAUAAAUAUCUUCCAGAUUCGCAGUUAUGCUAAUGAACUUGACCACAGUAACUAUAAUCAGAUAAGACAACGAUUUAUCCGCACAAAACCGCACAAUAUCCAUAGAAUAAUAAAAGGUAACAUACGUAGGUUGUACAUAAGAAUGUAUACAAAGGUGUACAUACAACUUUUAGGAAACUAUAAUUUGUGAUAUUUUUAAUUUAGAAACUAUUUUUCUCGAAUAUUCUAAUUUUAUUGUGUUUAUCAUAAUUUUAUUUGUGAAGAUUGUUAUAUUUUUAUAGAUUGGUAAAAAGCUAAAAUUGUGUAGAUAAUUCCUAGAAAUAAAUAAUUGAUAUUGUCAGCAAAAAAAAGUCAGACCACAGACCAGGAUGUACAAUGAGAGUAUCUGAGGGAGAACUUUGCGUUUUUAUACAAUUGAAAUUCGGCCAUAAAUUAGUUUUUUUGAAUAAAUAUUUCGAAAGAUACUUCUGAAAUUAUAAUAAUUUAUUAUGCGUAAGUUGUAAAUUUAAAAUUAUGAACCUACGGUUGGAAAGUUUGUAAAAAUUAUUUGAUUUAUGUUUUGUGAAAUAAAUAUUAUUACUUUAUUU